AUCCAACGCGACGAGGUUCACGGCCGCCAUGGAAGCGCGGUCGCCAACGUCAGAAGGUGUCUCCGGAAAAGCUUUCUGUAUUGGCUCACGCCAUUCCUCUCAGGCUGCUGCAAAGUUCAGCUGGGAAGAGCUUUCUUCCAAAUCAGGAGCCCACUUCAAUCCUGCAAGAAAAACAAACCUCCGAGCUGUUUUGGAAGAAACUUCUCUGAGCACGAAAGCAUGGCUACGUCAUCUGCGAUACAGAGGGGCUCGCUAGCUCCUCUGUCAUCGGUGACGCACACCACCGCUGUGGUUGAAGAAUCAAGAUGCUUCUCUGCGGUGGCACGCAAAAGCAAACCCGCAAAGUUUUCCAACUAUGGUCAUGGUAUGCAAAAACUAACCUUCUCGAGCCUUUUGGGUGGCGGCCAGCGUUCUUUGGGACAAGGCUUUAGGAACCCUGAGCAACAGGAACCGCGGAAAGCUGGGAGCGAGAUUGUAGCGCAGGCGGUGAGCACUCGGUUCAACAGGAAGGCACGCAGGGCAGAGAACGUGGAGGGGGACUUCUUUGUUGAUCACACCUGCAUCGAUUGCGAUACCUGUCGAUGGAUGGCCCCCGAGACCUUCUCUCAUUUGAACGGCCAGUCUGCGGUUCACCGACAGCCGCAAACACCGGACGAGCGGACGCGUGCGCUGCAGGCGCUCCUUGCGUGUCCGACGGCGUCGAUCCGGACGGAAACGCCGCCAAAGGACAUCAAAGAUGCGCAGAACACGUUUCCACUCGCCAUAGAUCCUGAAACACUACCGGGGGUGUACCACAGCGGGUACCACUCCGAAAACUCGUACGGCGCCACGUCGUAUUUCGUGCAUCGGCCGGAGCGGGGCAACAUCCUCAUUGACAGCCCCCGCUUUACCGAAGUCCUCGCGAAGCGGAUCGAACAGAUGGGCGGCGUGCGGUACAUGUUCCUGACGCACCAGGACGACGUGGCAGAUCACGCCAAGUGGGCGGCGCGCUUCGGGUGUGAGCGCAUCAUACACGAAGAUGACGUGCGGUCGAGCACGCGAGACGUUGAGCGGAAGCUAGAGGGCAGCGGCCCGUGGACGCUCGACGAGGAGGUGGAGCUUAUUCACACCCCUGGGCACACCGCGGGCUGCGUGUCUCUCUUCUACAAGCCGCACAAGGCCCUCUUCACAGGGGACCAUUUGGCCUACUCCCGGCGGCAAGAAGGGCUGUCUAUCUUCCGCGGUGUAAACUGGUACUCAGUGUCCAAGCAAAUUGACAGCGUCCGCAAACUGAUCCCACUCGAUUUCCUUUGGCUUCUCCCUGGGCACGGCCGGCGUUACCACUUCGAAAGCGAAGCCGACAGACGGGAAAAGCUGGAGGAGCUAGUUGCUCAGGAGAGUUAAGCAUAGGCGACGCUACCGCACGCAACCGACUAUAUUUGAUUAUGUUGACUACACUUGAAUUUGAGAGAAGCACCAAUUGUUAUCUCCUGUACAGCCUAUAGCGUUUCUAGUAAGUUCUAAAGCUAGCUAGACUAAGUUUGCUGGAGGUUGAUUUGGGUUGUAAAUUUGUGCUCGCGUUUUGGUUGCGCCUCAUUCUAUUGCGUUGCCAGACUAGCAAUUGACCUUGAAAACGCUUAUAUCUUAUACUAAUUGGCUGAAAGGAUUUGUGUACAUUCGAUAUGAGUUGAAUUUCGAUCAGGACGCUUAAAUUAACACGCGAGUGACCCCAUCAAUCAUUUUCAAAGCUCCGG